AUGUUUAAUUUGACCCUCAGAGGUAGAUUCAUCAACUCUGCUAUUCAAAGAACUGCCAUGCAGCAGUAUAUUCGUUCAAACUGGAUAGCUGUCAGGAAUAUGUCAUACCUAAAAGAUUUCCAUAAGAAAACAAAUGUGUUUGAUAAGUACCACUACAAUCCCAACCAUAUCCCAAAAGAUGUAGUGUGCAAAAAUACGACUAAGGUGAAGAAGGAGUUCUGGACAAACCCUGAUCCAAACUAUAAGCAUACUAUUAGACCUCCCACUCAGCAUCUUGGUAGAACCUUGAUUACAAUGCUCGAAAAAGAAGAAAUUAAGAAUGAAUUCAAAUUUCCAGAUUUCAGACCAGGAGAUGUAAUUGAGGUCCAAUACUAUGUUUCUUUAUCUGAAAAGAAGGUUAAUACUUACAAAGGGCUUUGUACUGGUGUUGAGAACAAGAAAGGCAUUAACUAUGCAGUACAAAUGGUUGCAUAUGUCGAUGGUAUCAAUAUAAAACUUCAUCUCAAAUUACAUUCGCCAUUAUUUAUCAGUCUUGAGGUUGUCAAAUUUGGAUCGAAUCACAAUAGAAAUAGACUCAAUCAUGUCUGGUAUGAGAAUUGGGCAAAAUCAAGAGUUGAAUCUCCUAUCAUUAAGGGAAAAGGAUUUGCCAAAAGAGGAAAGACUCUCAAGAGAAGAAGGAACAUCCUUGGAGACUUUGGGGAUCACAUCCUCCAUAAAAAAUCUACAAGAAAAGAAAAGCUCAGCGACAGAUCAAUGAUAUUGGAUGAUACUCAGUAGAUAUAA